AUGAUAGAACGACAGAGGCCCCCGGCUCCUCACCGGUUGGACUUCUGCCUGUGCCCCCAAAGGUACAUCACGCAGGAAGGCCACAAGCUGGACACGGGGGCCCCGCGCCCGCCCGCCACCGUGACCAACGCCGUCUCCUGGCGCUCCGAAGGGAUCAAGUACCGGAAGAACGAGGUCUUCCUGGAUGUCAUCGAAUCCGUGAAUCUCCUGGUCAGCGCCAACGGGAACGUCCUGCGCAGCGAGAUCGUGGGCUCCAUCAAGAUGCGGGUCUUCCUCUCGGGGAUGCCGGAGCUCCGCUUGGGCCUGAACGACAAAGUGCUGUUCGACAACACCGGCCGGGGCAAGAGCAAGUCGGUGGAGCUGGAGGACGUCAAGUUCCACCAGUGCGUGCGCCUCUCCCGCUUCGAGAACGACCGCACCAUCUCCUUCAUCCCCCCGGACGGCGAGUUCGAGCUCAUGUCCUACCGCCUCAACACCCACGUCAAGCCCCUGAUCUGGAUCGAGUCGGUGAUCGAGAAGCAUUCGCACAGCCGCAUCGAGUACAUGAUCAAGGCCAAGAGCCAGUUCAAGCGCCGCUCCACGGCCAACAACGUGGAGAUCCACAUCCCGGUGCCCAACGACGCCGACUCGCCCAAGUUCAAGACCACGGUGGGCAGCGUCAAGUGGGUGCCCGAGAACGGCGCCAUCGUGUGGUCAGUCAAGUCCUUCCCGGGCGGGAAGGAGUACCUCAUGCGGGCGCACUUCGGGCUGCCCAGCGUGGAGGCCGAGGACAAGGAGGGCAAGCCCCCCAUCAGCGUGAAGUUCGAGAUCCCCUACUUCACCACCUCUGGCAUCCAGGUGCGCUACCUGAAGAUCAUCGAGAAGAGCGGCUACCAGGCCCUGCCGUGGGUGCGCUACAUCACCCAGAACGGAGACUAUCAGCUGCGGACACAGUGAGGAGCCCGGCUGCCCCCCGCCGAGGAGGACCCAAAUCCGACCCCCGAAUCCGUCGCCCGGCCCCGAAUCCGACCCCCGAAUCCGCCGCCCGGCCCUCGAAUCCCCCCACGUCGUUCCC